UUGUUGUUCGUGUUGUGUAGUUCACGUGAAAAUUAUGUAGAAUAUUUCUGUUAUCAAUGUUUUGCUGUAUCAAGCUAAUACAAGUAGUUUUUCGUGUAAAAUUUAUUUGAAAUAAGAUGAAGAAUUUUUUAGCUAAUCAUUGAUGUAAUCUCAGUUUCCUAUUCAAUUGGUAGCUCAUUUUUUAAAUCUUUCAGAAAAAAGUGUCAAGUUUAUAGAUCCAAUGCUCUAAUAAUUAUUUUGAAGAGAAAGUAGUAUCUCAUUAAACAUUCAAAAUGAAGCUGUAUCAAGUUCAAUAUCUUGGCUUUGCUACCGCGGACCGUUUAUUUUCAAUUGAUAUGGUACCGUGGGUAACGUCAGAAAUAAGAAGAGCUGGAACUUCUCAACAGAUCAAACUAGGUGUACACGAUGGACACGUUAAAGGCUGGAAAGAGGAAUCCGGCAACAGUCGACCUAUUUUCAGCCACUCACUGCUGUUGGUCUCCAAGUUUCGUGUCUUCCACGGCAACGUGACGUCAUUCACGUACGUCGUGGCCGACACCAGAGCUCCCCUCCUCUACUGCCACCUGUUCGAGACUACUGAACCUGAUGACGUUAUGGAAUUGUACUCCACCAUGAAGGACCAGUCGAGCAGGGCCGCUCAUCAGCCAGUCAGGUCUUUGAGCUCAGCUGCAAGUCUCACAUCACUCUGCUCGGAUAUAUCUCCCAGUUCGUCUCAUUUCUUUGAGGUUUUCUAUGUGGGUAGGAAAGUUGUCAGAAAUGGAAAAGUGCCAGACACGUUCAUCGACGAUAUUGUGGCUCCAAUAGAAGCUGAUGAGAAAUUGAAAAUCGCCAGGCAGUGCGAAGAAAACGAACGAAGAGGCUCCCAGGACUACAUCUUGGAGCAGCCAGAAACAAACAACAAUAUUGUACCUGUGAUAGCACCUUCCACUGAGGAAGCGUGUCAAGAUAAAUUUGGAUCGGUAGAAGCAUUGAAAGCUACAAAUUCUGAGUCAACAAGUGAAGUGGAAAACCCUUCCGAAGAACCAGUCCGAAUGAGGAAGAGAUCUGGAUCAGCAUGCAGUGUACUGUUGAAGAAGCCUGACAAUUUUAAACGGACCUUACGAAAUAUUAACGCAAGGGAGGCAAUUGCUAUUCACAACAACAGAUAUAUGAAGCACCAGAGGCCGCUAUCGCGGAGCUCUUCAAACAGCCAGACGAAUGAUUUCAAUAGAACAAUGGUGUUCCUCAUUGGACGAUACGAUGUGCGUCUCAUCAGCCCUGACAAAAAAACUGUUCUACUUUGUGUUCUUCUCAAAAAUAUCACGAACUCAGUAAAGGGAUCGAAAUUUGGUGCUCAUUUUGGAUUCAUCUGUAAAGACACUAGUUCGGAAAAUCAUAUUUGGUAUAUUUUCAAGUGCCAAUCAGAGUCUGUUGCUGAUGACGUUGUUAGAGCAUUGAACCAAUCACAUUCAGUAGCAAGCGAUGCUGUACGGAGAGAAAGACAGUCGGUUGUUUCCUGUGAACACUGUCCAAUGGUCUGGUAUCACAGACUUUGCAAAGAAGUUGACGGAUUGAGUGAUAAGAAAGUGGAACAUAUAAUAAACAAAAGGCUUGAGCUAUUGCCAGAGGAAGAACAGGAAAUAGUGCUCACCAAAGUUGGUGGAGCCGAGAAUCAAAAAACGCUGAAGGAGCAAAACGAGCUGAUGAUGAUGCUCCUCAGAGCUCACUGUGAAUCCAAGCAGGGCCGUCACGUUCAUGAUACUGCUGAAAAUAGACAUGAAUUCCUGAACCAGUACCUUGGAGGAAGUACAAGUACAAUAUUCAUGAAAGCGAAACGCUCGUUAACCUCUUCCUUCGAUCAGCUGCUGAAAAGGAAAGGAUCCAGAGAUGACCUCAGCUUGAAUGCUGGUGCCAGUCAUCACAGUUCCAUUGUGAAAGAACUAAGCUUACCAAAUAAUGCCACUCUAUGCAAAAUUACUCGUCAGGAUUCGAAUGCAAAUCACUUGGAUGUGCCACCAGUAUCACUCAGUCCUCGCAGCUCAACGAUUUCGCGACCGACUGAAGAAGAAUCCAAUGAAACAACGCCCGAGAAAGGCAGUUCAAUGAUGGACAUUUUUUUGAAAGUUGGAAGUAGUCCUAAAUCCAGCUCCGGUGAUGAAUCUCCGGGAGAAGAAAGUAACGCACAGCAAGGCUCCUGGAGGCAGGCUAUAUUCAAAACCGUUGUAACGCCUGGAAAACCUCUAAAUAAAGAUAGCAAACCAAAGGGAAAAGAUAAAGCAGAGUUACGAAACCUUUGGAAGAAAGCCAUUAAUCAGCAAAUACUGCUUGCACGAAUGGAGAAGGAAAAUUCCAGGCAGAAAGCUGAUGAGAAUAAGGCUGCUGUGAGAAGAAUAAAGCUCGAGUAUGAAGAUCUUGGCACAUGUGUACGAGAAAAUAUGUCCAUAUGGGACAAUAUCACGAACAAGGAUGCGAGGAAAUGUGAUCCUCAAAUGGUUCGACAUGCCAUACGUCAAGGUGUACCGAAAAGUAAACGAGGUGACCUGUGGCUGUACCUGGCUGAACAGUACUGUGCUUCGAAGCCGCCGUUUGAUGCGUCCAAGUUCCCCAACUACAAUGUGCCCUAUGAGAACCUGUUGAGGCAGCUCACCUCCCAUCAGCACGCUAUUCUCAUCGAGCUCGGAAGGACAUUCCCAAAGCAUCAGUAUUUCAGUUCGCCGCUUGGCCCUGGUCAGCUGGCUUUGUUCAAUCUGUUGAAAGCCUAUUCUCUGCUGGAUCCUGAAGUCGGCUAUUGCCAGGGUCUCAGCUUUGUUGCUGGUGUAUUAUUGCUUCAUAUGAGCGAAGACCAGGCGUUCCGCAUGCUGCGGCAUUUGAUGUUCAGACGACAGCUGCGAGAACUGUAUCUGCCGGACAUGACGGCACUGCAGGUGCACCUCUACCAGCUGUCUCGGCUGCUGCGCGACACCUACCCGGACCUCUAUGCGCACUUCAACGCACACGAGAUCAAUCCGUCGCUCUAUGCCGCACCCUGGCUGCUCACAUUCUUCGCCUCUCAGUUUCCACUCGGCUUUGUUGCCAGGGUGUUUGAUCUGUUAUUCGUGGAGUCUGGCAAAGUGUUGUUUCGAGUUGCUUUGGCUCUUCUUGGUCAGCACAAAGAAAAUCUUCUCAAGUGUGAAAACUUUGAACAGAUUAUGGAUUAUCUGAAGAUAACAAUUCCAAACAUCGAUAAAACAACAGUCGACAGUGUUAUGAGACAGGUUUUCAAUACCGAUGUGUCCAAGAAACUUUUUGAAUACGGCGUUGAGUAUCACGUUUUGCAAGAAGAAAUGUCCACACCGAGGCCAGAAAUUCGCAAACUGGAACAAAUGGAAGUCAACAAUAAGAGUCUAAUGAGACAGAAUAGACAGCUUGUGGAACAGCUUGAGAUUGCCAAAGCUAACACCCAGAGGCUGGAAACAACUAGAACCUCUCACAUGAUGACCAUCAACAAAUUGGAAUCACAAGUGCGCAGUUUGGAGGUGACUGUCUCUACUCUUGGCAGCUUCAUUCAGAACAUCAGUUACACGAAUCCAAACAUAGAGAUGCCAUCAGAAAUAGUGAGGAUCAUCACACAGCUCAACAAUUCGGAGCGUCGCAAGAGCCUUCAACAAGGUAACAAUGGUCUCGUCCAGAGGAAUUUACCGCUGAAAUCCAUCGAUAAUAGUAAUGGUGAAAUUGGAUCUAGAAAGAAUCCUCUGAAACCCACCAUGAGUUCACCUGUAUUGUCUCCUAAGGGCUCAACGUUUUUCGCCAAUUCUCACAACCAUAUUGCUCAACAAAAGUUGGGAAAAUACCCUGCAGAUCAAAAUGUCCGAUCAAUGUCCGACAGCCAAUGUGGAUCGAACAGCACUUUCGGUUCUUUAGAUCCACGCAGUGAGGAUCUGUCAAUAUUCCACAACACAGGUAAGAAACAGUUGCUGAAUCUCAGACUGCCUGAAGGUUCCGAAUUGGGCAAGAAGUACGGCCGAGUUUUGACCGAUGAGGAUAAAAAAAAACUAAGACUGACUGAAAACAAUGACGAUGUACUUGCCAAAUCGAAUUCAAUGCCGCUAGGGGAAGGGAAGAAAAGUGUUUUGAAAUCUUCUCAGAGCUCCUACGAACUGGGCAAAUCUGAGUCGAUGAGCUCCGGAAUUCAUCCGUUGGAUGCAUGCGGAGAUGUGAGUAUAUCAUUCGGAGGAACCACCAAACUGAAAACUAUACGCCCCUCCAAGAGCAGACACAGCAGCACUGGAAGUAUUCCCAGUCCUUCAGCAAGCACCACUUCUCUUUUUGCAACCAGCGAUGAAUCUGUACUCAAUAAUCAAAUUGAAUUGAAAAUUGUCGAGUCUCAAGAUCUGGUCAACGAGAACAGUCCCACCAAUAGUACAUAUUCGGCUAAAAAAAACUUGAUGCAAGUAUUCAACAAAGCAUCAGGCAAGGAGGCCGAGCUCAUGAUACAAUCUCAGAGGUCCCUUGAAAAAGAGAGGGCAAUGUUGACAUGACAUGAGGAGUGUUCAUCAGAUAUCGUAAAACAAAGAUUUCAAGAAUCUCCUAUCGAGUGAAUUUCAAUAAUAAAAUUAUGUAACGUUUCACAAACUCAACUUUUUAAGAUACAUACUAUGCCUACCAACCAUAGAAUGCACACAUAUAAAAUGUAUAAAAAUAACCUGAAUGCUUCACCAUUAUACAUGGUAUGAAACAGACUCUCGUCGACCCUUUAUGGAAAUUUGUGAUUCAAGGAAUAGUAGGAAGGUAGUCAAUAGAAUUAUUUUUCUAGAAUAUAUGUAUCUAUGUAUAAUUUGAAUAUCAUAGUAUUAUAUUAAUAACACUAAAUAUUUAUAAUAUAUUUAGUGCAGGAAAGUAUUCCAAACCCGAAUCUUUCGUGGGUGGUAUAUAUUGCUCGAGAAACGUUGAUUGAAAGACAAAACUAUUUUUUAUUGAAUUUUUGUCUAAGCUUAAUUGUGUGUCAACAAUGUUUUCUAUGCUAACUUACUAAGUGCAAAACUUAUAUCUUACAUUUAUUUGUGAUGUAAAAAUCAAUCAAUGACUUGUAAAAGUUUGUAUCUAUUAUUAAGUUUAGAUAACUAUUGGAUUUUUCAUGAUAUCUUCAAAAAAUACGAUUGUGUACUAUCAUGAAUAAUAGCAUAUACGUUUUACAUGGACUUUGUAAAAUCAAUAAAUCAAGAAUCUCAGAGGGGAAGAUUUAUAAGUGAUCCUUGCUUUAAAUUUUUUAAAAGCAUCAAUUGAUUUUGUCACUGAUGUAGCAUAUUUCCUCCAAUUCCUUUGUGAUCUAUUUAUGCUCAUUUUCAAGACGAGCAUAUAAUAUUUUAAGACAAAUACAUAAAAUAUAAAUAAGUCAUGAGUAUGAUUCAUGUAGUAGGCCAAUAUUUCUUUAAUCGGUUUGGGAGAAUUAACAUUAUUAACGUUGUAAUAUAAAAAGAAACCCCAAUAAAUUCGUGUGUGACUGUAUAAUAUAAGUGUUGAAUACUUCUCGAGCAAUGUCUUAAUCACUAAUAAAAAUAUGUGUAUUGUAAAUUCUUCAAUUAAAGAUAAGAAAUUAUUGUAUAUACCUCUAUCUUCCUCAUGUACGCGUUGUAAGUUUGGAAAAUUCUUUAGAAGUUUUUGAUAUCGUGUUGAGUAUUGAUUCAUAAUACGAUGUUUUGAAACUAUCAUUGUAAUCAUAUAUAUUAUUUACUUGUGAGUACAGAGCUAUUCUUUGGUACUGUCUUAUAUCUAAUUAAUAAUAGUAAUAGUAAUGCAUUUUUUUAAUAUUUUAUUUUUCAUUCUUUAAAAUUGAAAACUAAUAAAAUAUAUCAGCCUGUUUAAAAUACAAAUUUAUUACAAUAAUUUACAAAAAUUGAUACGUCGAUAAAGGUACUUCAUAAAAUAAUCUAAAAUGAUAAUUUCAAAAACAAACUUGUAUCAAUGAUAUUAUUGGAAAUUUACAGUUAUAUUCUACUUAGCUGAAAUGUUUUAAAUUAAAAAUUAUAAUAUAGUUAAUAAAUUUCACAUCAAUUUUAGUUACGUCUCAAGAUAAAGGUUUCAGAUUCAAACAAUCACUAUAACUCAAUUCAAAAUAAUCAUCACAAUUAUUUUUUGUUCUUAUCUAUAUUAUUUAUUAUAGCUUCUUAAACUUGAAUGGAAUGUUCCAAAAUCAUAUUAUUGCCUUCGUCAAUUUUUAUAUGCAUUAAGCUUAACUUCUUCAAUGAGCUGAUCUUAACCACCAACCUAGCAUCACGUGUGUGUUGUUUUCUAAAAACAAUUUUUAUUUUUUAUAUUAUGUAAUACAGCAUUGAUUUCCAAAUGAGUACCGUAAUUUCAAGCACACCCUUGGAAUAUUUACAAUGAUUUCUUAAAGGGUAUAUGCUUUGAUGGAACAUUGAAUAAUAUUUCACUAUUUACGGUGUUAACCGUAGAACAUUAGUAUACUCUCAUUUUAGUGAGUGCAGAUGAAACCUCUCUUAUUUCAGUUCUAAGGAAUGAUUAAGGUUGCUCCACAGAACAUUACUUUGUGUAAUGCUCCAAAUAAGUAUAUCAUAGACUUGAUGUAAGUUAUAUUCGGUCUUGUGUAUUGUCAUAUCAAUUUAUAUUAUGAAUCUCAGCUAUUUUUUUCAUCUAUUUGAUAACUUUUCAUUAUUUACUUGAUAAUAACGUAUGAUCCUUGCACCUUGAGUCCAUCUAAAACUGUGAUUUUAUGAACACAUAUCCGGAAUGCUUCCAAUUUCCAAGUUACAUCAGUAUUACAAAUGUACUAUAAAAUAUUCAUGAAUCUUUCAUAAUAUAUGUUUUUUGAAAUUGUACUUGUAAUUAAUCAGCUCAAUCAUGGAAAUGAAAUUAAAACUGGAUGUAUUCAUAUAAUUUGUUUUAUAUAUUUAUCUGUUGUAAUACAGACAAAAGAAUCUUCAAUCAUAAAUUAAUGUUUUAAUUGGUUUUCCUUUUAAUAUAGUGGUAGUAAAUGUUGUGUAAUGUUCGUUCUAUUCUAGAAUGCAAGUAGUUUUAAAAUGUUUACAAUUCAUUAUUAAUUAGUAGAAUGUGAUAUUAGAAUAGAGCAGUAUUAUAUUUUGUUUUAUGUAUUUAUAUUCAUUGUAUUAUAAAUAAAAUAUUCUUACUUCAA